ACUAUCGUGUGCGCAGUAACGACUACAAACCUCCCAUAGAGACACAAGUGUACUUCCUGGAUGGUCAGUUACCGCUUCGUCUUUGGAUCUUAAAACUUACAUUAUAAGCUCUCCGUAGCGGGACGUUUUCUCGGCUUCACAUUGGCCGACUGCUAGAGCCCGACAAAGGAAUAAGCAUCAUACGUGUGGUACUGCUUCAUCACAUUUCUUCUUCUGGGGUUAAAACCUUUGAACUUCAUUCAGAAGCUCCCAAAAGUGCUGGAAGAUGAACGGAGACUCCGUUGACGCGCGGCCUAAGGACACAACAGAUGCUGGUACUGAUGGGCCGUCAAGACAGCAGUCCGUUCAGGUGGAUGCAAAGCCUCACUCAAACUCCUUCAGAUACAGCCUGGACUUCCCCAACUUAGGGUAUUGUGUCAUCAUCAACAACAAGAACUUUGACUCCAAGACGGGCAUGAACCAACGCAAUGGCACUGAUGUAGAUGCCGGAAACAUGAUGAACGUGUUUAGAAAGCUUGGAUACAAUGUAAAAGUUUACAAUGACCAGACGGCUAAGCAGAUUGUGCAAGUUUUAACCGCUGUUGCCAAAGAAAACCACAGCCGAUGUGCUUCAUUUGUGUGUGUGCUGUUGAGUCAUGGAGAUGAGGGUGAGUUUUUUGGCACUGAUGGUCCAGUGAAUCUCAAGUCUCUAACCAGCCUUUUCAGAGGGGACCGAUGCACAACCCUUGUGGGGAAGCCCAAACUUUUCUUCAUACAGGCGUGUAGAGGCACAGAACUGGAUCCUGGUGUAGAGACGGACAGUAUGCCAGAUGAACCUAAUGUGAGGAUCCCUGUUGAGGCUGACUUCCUGUAUGCCUAUUCUACAGCACCAGGUUAUUACUCUUGGAGAAACACUAUGACGGGCUCGUGGUUCAUUCAGUCUCUCUUUGAAAUGAUGGGGAAAUAUGGCAGAGAACUGGAGCUCAUGCAGAUCAUGACUAGGGUCAACCAUAAGGUUGCAAUUAACUUUGAGUCGACCUCCAACAUGCCAGGCUUUGAUGCCAAGAAACAAAUCCCCUGCAUUGUCUCAAUGCUCACCAAAGAGAUGUACUUCACUGCUUGAGGAUUGUAAACUGGGUGCUAAAAGGGAAGAACGUUUUUGUGCAUCACAGGUGUGGGAUAUAGAGGUACAGUAUAGGGAUGACACAAUUAAACACUUUUGACCACAAGAAAUCUCUUCUAAGAAGCACUCGCUUAAAACCAUUUGUAGAACAGGCUUAGUUUGGGAGUACAACUCUCUCAGGGCUGUAGUGUCACCUUUACUGUUAAUAAUAGUUGCAGUUUCUGCUUUUGUAUGUGAAAUAUGGGUGCUAAGUCUUUUUUUGUUAUAGUGGUGUGAUCAUACAUUGCACUUGCCUUUCUUUUUACACAAAUCAGGGACUUUGAUAACAUUUCUUACGAUACCGCAGUAGUUAGUGUUGAGAUAGAACUCAAUCACAGGGCAUUAUUUACACAGAGGACAGUUCAUUGAAAAGAAACCAGUGUGCCUAUUUUAAUGUGAAUUAAAAACAAUCAAAAUAACUCCCAGGUGCCUCUAUAUUGAGCCAUUUUAUAAAAGUUCUGUAAUGUUAUGCACAGCUUUCUGCCAAGAAACAACAUAAAAGGUUUCAGCUUUCAUUUUACAGAAAAUUCCAUCGAAUGUGUAUAGUGCUGUGAAUUACUAGACACAAUAUGAACUUGAACUUAUACAGAAUUAAAAUGCACUUACAAUCAUUGGCCCAUAGAUUUCUCUUACACAACCAAAUUUAAAGGAACAUGUUUCUUAUUUGUGGUAAGUGCAUCCAUUAAUGCAAUAGGUAGGAACUUGUAUUUUCUCUGCAAGGUUUCUUUAACUAGUUCCUUAGAGUGUGAACGUUAACUUCAAGCUGAGAGAAACUGGUCAUGCAUGCACUUAACUGAUUCUUGUGCAAUGAACUGAAUUUAUGCUGUCAUGUGCAUGUUUAUUAUCUAAUCAUGUUUGUUAUUCAUAAAUACAUUCGUUUGUGUAUGUAGAAACCAGACCUUCCCCAUAUACAGUAAUAAACUUCUGCAGUGCACCA